CUCAUCCUCCCUCUUCCACCAAAAAAACAGCAGAAAAAAUAAAUAUAAAUAAAUGCACACUCCCUCCAUGCCUCUUCCUCUCCCUCUACCCUCUCCACCAACCCUACAUUCCAUGGCCAAGAAUAUACUGGAAUAACCCCAUCGGCGCUCUCUCUCUCUAACUCUUCUCUCUCCUAUUUUCCAAUCUAGUUAGUACUCAUGACUACCUCUUACUGUCUAUCUUCUUCAAGAAACACAAUAAAACCACAGUCAUUCCUCCAUAACUCUCACCUCUAUGUCCCCAAUUAUCGCUCUCCUCUGUUAAUACAUGAAUCCCACUUCCCCAAGAGAGAUUCACUCACAUUUAGGCCCCACCCAUUACAAUCUAAACCAUCUCCUCUCUCACUUCUAAGAUUAAAGACCACUAAAUCCACACACCCUUUUGCCGCCUUAUCGUCUUUUGCCGGAGCUGAUGGAGAAGAAGGUGAAGAAAUCAAAGCCAAACAAGAACAAGAACAAGAAGAAGAUGCCAAUUCUGAUGACUUGCAAGGAAUGGCACAGGCUUUCCACAUAUCUGCUCGCACUGCCUCUGCUAUAUCUAUAUGCAUAGCAUUUGUGGCUCUCACUUUCCCAUUUUUCAUGACGUCUUUGGGACAAGGGUUGGGGUUGAAGAAUAAAUUGUUGUCCUAUGCCACUCUGUUGCUGGGGUUUUACAUGGCUUGGAAUAUUGGGGCAAAUGACGUUGCCAAUGCCAUGGGGACCUCGGUGGGUUCCGGGGCCUUGACAAUCCGGCAGGCCGUCUUGACAGCGGCGGUGCUGGAGUUCUCCGGUGCACUGCUGAUGGGGACACAUGUGACCAGUACAAUGCAGAAGGGGAUUCUUGUUGUCAAUGUUUUUCAAGGGAAGGAUACUUUGCUUUUUGCUGGGUUGCUCUCUUCUCUUGCUGCUGCUGGUACUUGGUUGCAGGUGGCUUCAUAUUUUGGUUGGCCUGUCUCCACUACUCACUGUAUUGUAGGAUCCAUGGUUGGAUUUGGUCUUGUCUAUGGGGGAGCUGGUGCCGUCUUCUGGACUUCACUGGCAAGGGUGACUUCGUCGUGGGUUAUUUCACCUUUAAUAGGAGCACUGGUGUCAUUUCUUGUAUACAAAUGCAUUCGCAGGUUUGUGUACAGUGCUCCAAAUCCAGGACAAGCAGCUGCUGCAGCUGCACCAAUUGCAGUUUCUGUGGGAGUUACCGCAAUCUCUUUUGCAGCCUUUCCUCUUAGCAAGACACUUCCUAUUGCUGCGGCUCAGGCUUUAGGCUGUGGCAUUGUUGGUGCAAUCCUAGUGUACAGAAUUAUCCACAAACAGCUUGGUCACCUCCUUGUCAAGGCCAAUUCAACAGAACCAGAGCAACAGGAGCAUAACUUGUCCAAUAAAAACGUCGGGUUUCUCACUGAAGUGGCAGGCCCUAAAGGCACCCAGCUGGAAAUAGUUUAUGGAGUCUUCGGCUACAUGCAAGUCCUCUCAGCCUGCUUCAUGUCCUUUGCCCAUGGUGGAAACGACGUCUCCAACGCAAUAGGCCCUUUGGCUGCUGCAUUGUCUAUCCUCCAGGGCGGCACAAGUGGAGCUGAGAUAGUCAUUCCCAAUGAUGUUCUUGCCUGGGGAGGAUUCGGGAUUGUUGCAGGGCUUACAAUGUGGGGGUACAGAGUGAUAGCAACAAUCGGAAAGAAGAUAACAGAAUUAACGCCAACUAGAGGAUUUGCAGCCGAGUUUGCAGCUGCUUCCGUGGUUUUGUUUGCAUCGAAGCUUGGACUGCCCAUCUCGGCAACCCACACGCUGGUGGGUGCAGUCAUGGGGGUGGGGUUUGCCAGAGGACUCAACAGUGUUAGAGCAGAAACUGUGAGGGAGAUUGUGGCUUCUUGGGCUGUGACAAUUCCUGUGGGUGGUUUGUUGGCUGUUCUCUACACAUGGAUCUUAACCAAGCUCUUGUCAUAUGUACUGUGAGAGAGUACAUUUAAAUAGAUCAGAAUGACAAACAGUUUGAUGCAUGCAAUUAAUUAAAGAACACUCAUCUUUUUGUAAAGUGUUUCGUUAUACGACUAAAUUUCCUUCGCCUAGAGUGGUUUCCACAACAGGAAAUUACUGUAUUUUGAAACUGAGAAAGUAAAAUUGUUGUUCUUGCUUCUGUGGAAUUUAAAAUCCUUUCUUUUCUGCUCAA